AAGAUGGAGAAAAAUAAGGGAGAGGAUGUUUCCUUUGAAGAGUCGCUGACGAUGCUUGGAAAAUAUUUCUAAAAGCGCAAGAGUGGAAGUGAGCUCUCUGAGUUUCCGAGCUUAUUUUCUCGCGGUUCAAGGUUCGAACUUUGCUGUACUAUUAGAAACUGUCUGCGUAUGAUGUUAAUAGAUAUGAGCACUACUGUCAAAGAGUUUACCUGCACUGAUGAUGAAGUGUACCUGAAGAAGCUUGGCUACAGUUUAGGCACCACGAUCGGCGAAGGGUCGUAUGCCAAGGUCAAAAGUGCCUACAGCGAGAAAUUGCAGAAGAGAGUGGCGAUGAAGAUCAUCAACCGGAAGAAGGCCCCGAAAGACUUCCGAGAAAAGUUCCUGCCGAGAGAACUGAAAGUGCUGAAGGUCGUCAGUCACCCGAACAUUAUCAAGCUGUACGAAAUUUUAGAGUUUGAAAACAAGAUCUACAUCGUGAUGGAGCACGCGGGGCAUGGCGACCUCCUGGAGUACAUCAAGCUGCGGGGUCCGAUACCCGAGGACAAGUCCCGCUUCAUGUUCAAGCAGAUCUGCAGUGCAGUCUCCUACCUGCACAGCAACAACAUCGCCCACAGAGAUCUCAAGUGUGAGAAUCUGCUGUUGGACUACCAGAACAACAUUAAGAUGUCAGACUUCGGCUUCGCCCGCUUCUUCGAGGAGACGAGCAUGAGCAAGACGUUCUGUGGCAGCGCCGCCUACGCAGCCCCCGAGAUCCUGCAAGGGGUCAGCUACUACGUGCCGCUCCACGACAUCUGGGCCAUGGGCGUCAUUCUCUACAUUAUGGUAUGCGCUUCCAUGCCCUACGACGAUUCCAACAUCAAGAAAAUGAUCCGAGAUCAGCUGGAACGAAAGGUCGGCUUCUCGCGGUCAAAGGUCGUCUCAAACGAGGCCAAGGACCUGAUCCGCAAGAUCCUGGAGGUGAACGUGAAGAAGCGGUACACGCUGCUGCAGAUCAUGGCCCACACGUGGAUGAACCCCGCCCAACAGGACGAGAACGCGGCCACUCAGGGCAAUUCUGCCUCCAAUGCUGAAAACGAGGCUCAGACGCCAUCACACCAAGCACAGACUAACAACGCAUCGCUCAUGUUGCCGGGCCAGAGGCAGACGGACCCAUCCUCCCACCAUCACAGCAUCGCCCAAGAAGAAGUGGCGGUAGCCAUGGUCUAGACAACAGUCGACCUGAGAUGACCUUUGGACGCAUCCGACGACAGACUUUGUGAUAGAUGCCCGCCAAUCCUGAUGCGGACUAUUAAGUCUCGGGGCUACUUGGAAAGGUCCUACAAACGGUCAGUUCAUGAACUCUUGCGGCUAACCUGCGGUUAGACCCUUCAGUAAACAAAGAAAAAAACAACACUCUGUGCCCACCGAGAAUCAAGAUGGAACUGAUGCAAGGAGUUAUGCUUCUAUGUUCUGAGAUUUUGCAGAAUGACAUACCAUAGAGAGAAAGAUCUGUUCUUGAGCCGUUCAUCCCAGGUGCUUCUUGUGUUCUUGCGACUUUCAUCUGAAGUGCCUCUACGUUGAUUUAAAGUAUAACCUUUAACGCCUUUCUCGCGUUUUACAGACGUUGGAUACGGAGAUCGGGUAUUUUAACACAUUGUGACAUAAACCGUUGACUUUUGUGAUGCACUAAAUAUUCAGGCUGCUUGGGCAUACUCAGCUACGGUCCAUAGCUGAUAAGAGAGAGAGUUGCUACAUGACUUUAACACUUUAUGGCGAUAAAAAGUGGUUGAGUAAGUCUCCUUUAUUAUUGUUUGGAAGCUUCCGGUUCAUGCUACGGGAUGGGAUGACGUCACUUCCACUUUUCCAAAUUGGGAACGGCCCUUCACUCAAGCCUGUGUAAAAAUGUGUCAGUAUUGUUGCUUUGUUCCGAUUAAAGUUUCUUUUUUUCAAGA